AUGUCUCUAUCGGCAAACAAGCCUCCAACAGACCUCACAUCCGGCUCAAUAAAAGUGGAUAAAUCAACACAGACCAAAGACGAUUUACGCCUGGCGGACAAGCAUCAGUCAGAGGAAUCCGAGAAAGGGAAUACGAUAAAGAUAAGAAAUGAGGAGACUAAGAUACAUCAUCAAUGUGACGAUGAAAGCAAUGUCACUUAUCCUGAAGGCGGGUACAUUGCUUGGGCAGUUGUAGCGGGAAGUUGGUUGGCAUUAUUCGGCUCUAUGUCUUUUAUGAACAGCGUCGGGACGUUUCAGGCAUAUCUGAUGCAUAACCAACUCAAAGGCCAAAGCUCUACGACCAUUGGAUGGAUCUUUGGGCCGAUAUUCGAUGCGACAGGCCCGCGUCAACUCAUUGGGGCUGGGGGCUUCACUACGGUGCUCUACCUCGUUCUAUUGGGCGAAUGUAGUGAAUACUGGCAUUUCAUGCUUGUCUUUGGCGUUUUGGGAGGCUUCAGCCUCUCCCUUGUCUUUAGCCCAGCAAUAUCGAUUGUUGCCCAUUACUUUAACAGACGACGCGGCCUUGCUACCGGAAUUGCUUCAUCUGGGGGCGCUGCCGGAGGGAUAGUUUUUCCCCUGAUGCUGCAGAGACUCUUCUCGACCAUUGGAUUUGUUUGGGCCGUGCGUGUGGCCGCCCUUGUCUGCGUCAUAACAUUUACCUCCGCCGUUCUCCUCAUCCGUCCUCGAUUCCCCCCAAAGCGGUUGAUGCUGUCUUCUGUUCGUCCAAAAUUUUCUGUCUUUCGCCAUGGCGCGUUCGCAUUUACCAGUUUGGGUGUGUUCUUUCUAGAAUGGGGACUCUUUAUCCCCUUUUCGUACCUCACCUCCUACGCUCUGGACCAUCAACAAUCUUCAAAUUUCUCAUACAUGCUGAUGUCUCUCAUAAACGCGGGUGGCAUCUUCGGCCGCUGGAUCCCGGGUUUCUAUGCAGACAGGUUUGGGAGAUUCAACAUCUUGAUUCUUGCCGUCCUUGGGUGCGGCCUAUGCAACGCCUGUUUCUGGCUGCCAGCAGAGUCAAGUCAGUCUUUGAUGAUUAUCUUCGCCCUCGCAUUUGGUUUCUUCAGUGGCAGCACUGUAAGUCUGGCACCUGUAUGCGUGGGGCAGUUAUGCAAAAUUGAAGCCUAUGGACGAUACUAUGCGACAGCCUAUGUCGUGGUUAGUGCGAGUACCUUCACCGCUACUCCAAUUGGAGGCGAGCUUCUCCAAAGAGCCAGUGUGGCUAAAAGGAUUGCCUGCGGGAAGAAGAGCAUGUGGACUAUUUUCUGA